AUGAGUGAGAGGCGCAGUCUGCUGAGAGCUGCGGUGAAUGAGCGGCUGGCUGCGGCUGCAGAAGAGAUCUUUGUGCUUCUGGAGAGAACUAUAGCGGAGUAUGAGGAGGAAGUGUGUCGCUCCAAAGAGCAGAACCAGAGGAACCAGCAGCUGCUGGAGGCUCUGCUGACUCGGGGCUCAGGUCAGAGACGCCUCUACAGCCGCCUCUUUCAUGUUUGGGACAAACUGUACAUCGAUACAUCGAAACUGUCCUCAUGUUGUGUCUGA